CUGUGAUUUGUUUUGACAGGUGCUGUUACUAUUUGCCGGUACUGUUGACAGCUGGUUUGAUUUUAACUGAAAAAAAAGAGGGAAUGAUGGAAAGGAUGAUGGUUUCUGGUAUUAAAUUCAGUGAAGUGUUAGUGUCUACAGUCAUAAUGCAAAUGAUAAUACACGUUAUACAAACGGCCAUAUCCAUGUAUGUGAUGUACAUAUACUUUGACAAUCCUUAUGUAGGAGAUCAUUUUCCCACAAUUCUCAUACUCAUACUUCUAGGAGUGGAAGGAAUGAUUUUUGGUUUCUUAAUCGGUGCUUUAUGCAAAGAUUUCAUAUUUGCCACGUACAUAGGCACUGGCAGUAACCUAAUGAUGUCGUUCACUUGUGGAUUGAUAUGGCCUUUAGAAGGUGCACACUAUUUACUGAAAUUCACUGGUCCUCUGUUUCCAAUGACUGCACCGGUCAAAGCAUUGCUGGCAAUAACCGCUAAGGGCUGGUCUUUCGAUUCUGAGCCUGUCUACAUGGGACUAAUAUCCAUAUUUGCGUGGUCAAGUAUUAUGAUCAUAGCCAUAUUCAUUACUAGCAGAUUAAACAAAGAUCUGUGGAUCUUGAGAAAAUAGGGUGAAGAUACGAAUUGGUUAUAUUUUGURUAAUUCAUGGAGCGUAUUUUUUGUCAUAAUAAUUGUAUACAGACGGACAUCGGGUAGUUUAUUCGAGUCCGAUUUUGUACUUAAAAUUGACCGUAAUGCAGUAUGAAUUAUUUAUUUUUAAUUUUGAUAGCAAAGCAAGCGAACUAAUUUCGGUCAUUCUAUACAUUGAACCCUAUAUGCCUAACUAUUUAAUACCGUAUAGYAUAUAUGGUCUAUAAUAUAUAUAUACAUCAGCCAUAUAAAUAUGACCGAUAAUAAAGAUAUGUUSUAUAAUAAUCGUAAACUGUAAUGGUUUACUCACACAUUUGUGAUUGGUAACAAAACUACGUGAAAAUAAUGGACAAUCUAAGUAAAUUGUAAAUUAUUUAACUKUGAAGUAUUGAAAAUAUUUAGGUGACUUGCUUUUUUAAAUAUUUAUUAUUGUUAAUAUUCUUGUAUUUAUUUCCUUUAUAAAAUAWAUAGGUGUAAU